CUCUAUUAAAAUACAAAAAUUAGCCAGGCGUAGUCAAGAAUCCUGGCCCGGCGCGGUGGCUCACGCCUGUAAUCCUAGCACUGUGGGAGGCAGAGGCGGGCGGAUCACGAGGUCAGGAGAUCGUAGACCAUCCUGGCUAACACGGUGAAACCACGUGUCUACUAAAAACACAAAAAAUUAGCCAGGCGUGGUGGCGGACGCCUGUAGUCCCAGCUACUUGGGAGGCUGAGGCAGGAGAAUGGCGUGAACCCGGGAGGCAGAGCUUGCAGUGAGCCAAGAUCGCGCCACUGCACUCCAGCCUGGGCAACAUAGCCAGACUCCGUCUCAAAAAAAAAGAAAAAAAAAAGACUCCUUUUGGUGAGGGAGCUUGUAGUUUAAGUAACUUAAACAUCCAUGUAUAAUAAAGCCACUUAGAAGGCGGUGAAUUUUCACACGUUCUCAAACCAGGCCUGGGUUUUUCCGCCCAAGCUAAGGCCUUAUUCCUACUGGGUAGGAGAGAAACAUUGAAGCAAAAUCCACACAAAGCUCUUUUCACUUGUCCUCAAAACCUCACGGGUCGCAAAUCCGGGCUAAACGGCUCAGGCGCCUGGCUAGGGCACCGGGCCGAAGGUGGAACGGAUCCCAGCCGCCUCGGGGCCAGGAAGAGAUGAAGUGUCGCAGGCCCGGCGUCCCCGCCCUCCGCCUCAGGCGACGGAGCAUCUCUCUCCCAGUAGCCCAUUUUCCAGAGAGUCUCCUCGGCUGCGAGAGCCAGACGAAGAGGGCCCCAAAGCCAUCGCAGCGGAAGGAGCGGAGGAACCACUGAGGGACCGCGCCCCCUGCAGCGGCGGUUAAACCGCUUCCCACAGCGCUGGGCGGGGCGUCGCGCAGACCUUGGGCGCUGAUUGGGCACUCCGUGUCCCCUCCCCCUCGGCCCGGCGCGGCCUCUGUCUCCUUUGACCUCGAUUUCAAGCCAUGCGCUGAGCUUCGGUUGGCCCGGCUUCCUUGAGGCGUGAGCUCGGUCUGUCCAAUGAAGAGCGAGCGUCGCAGGGUCUGUCGGGAAGGGCGGCCGACCGGUAUAAGCAGCCUGCGGGGCGUUCCCUCGCGCUGUGGUUGCCGUGCGGGUCUCGUUUGGAGGGCUUACUUGGUCGGUGGCCUGCGCUAGUAGAGACUGCAUCCCCGAGACGAUGGCGGAGGGAGAUAAUCGCAGCAGCAACCUGCUGGCUGCAGAGACUGCAAGUCUGGAGGAACAGCUGCAAGGAUGGGGAGAAGUGAUGCUGAUGGCUGAUAAAGUCCUCCGAUGGGAAAGAGCCUGGUUUCCACCUGCCAUCAUGGGUGUGGUUUCUUUGGUGUUUCUGAUUAUCUACUAUCUAGAUCCAUCUGUUCUGUCCGGCGUUUCCUGUUUUGUUAUGUUUUUGUGCUUGGCUGACUACCUUGUUCCCAUUCUAGCGCCUAGAAUUUUUGGCUCCAACAAAUGGACCACUGAACAACAGCAAAGAUUCCAUGAAAUUUGCAGCAAUCUAGUAAAAACUCGACGCAGAGCUGUGGGUUGGUGGAAACGCCUCUUCACACUAAAGGAAGAAAAACCUAAGAUGUACUUCAUGACCAUGAUCGUCUCCCUUGCUGCGGUUGCUUGGGUGGGACAACAAGUCCACAACCUGCUUCUCACCUACCUGAUAGUGACUUCGUUACUAUUGCUUCCUGGACUAAACCAACAUGGAAUCAUUUCGAAGUACAUUGGAAUGGCCAAGAGGGAGAUAAACAAACUUCUCAAACAAAAAGAAAAGAAAAAUGAAUGAUUCAUCUGCUUUAAUCAGUGUGAUUAAUGCAGCACCCAUUGCCCCGGGAACAGUUUCUGCUGUACUAUCUGGAUACUAAAAUGUUACGGAAGUAGCUCUUUGCUCUCCCUCACUCUGCCCUUAGUUAAUAGAAAUUUAGACUCGCCAAGUAAGGCUUUGUGCAUAGUGUCUUCAUGUCACGUAUAGUUGAGUGUGUUCUUAGCAGUUGGCUUCAUGGACAACUCAGUGUGUAUGAUUUGUUUUGACUUUUCUUACCCAGCGUUAAUUGAAUUCUUGCUUUUAGACAACUUCCUUUUUGUAGUGAUGAACCUUGCCCUUUAGUAAAGUUCAAGUGAAUCUGGAUAAUUGUUCAUCUUUGCUUUAGCUUAGAUACCAUGUAGUGGUCUGUGGCUACAGGAAGCUGGUUCUGUCUGCUUCCACAGUCUGCUUAAAAAACUGACUUCAUGAAUAUAGAGACCAAGUUUACCACUUCUGAUGAAGAGACCAAUUAAGAUUCAUUCCUCAUUCUGUUUCUUUCCAGUGGGAGAAGAGUCCCCAUGAAAUAAAAUGAAACUGAUUCCAUGCACUGGUACAUGUAGGCUUCUCCCUUGUGCAAAGCUUAGCAAUUGUAGGAAACUUUGAUCUUUUUGUCCAAAAAAAAGGAAUGUCUGACAGGCUUAAGCUUUUGUCCCCUUGCACUCAGACUCAAAGUUAAUAAAUCCUUAAAGGCUGUUUAAUAGCAGACUUUCAAAAGAUUGCAUUUAGGAUUUCUAGCAUGCUUUUAAUUUCAGAUUUUCGGCUGACAUUAGCUAUAGUAUACAGUAGGUUAAGACUCAUGUCUAUGACUUUCACUCUAAGACCAGCAAAAGGACAGCAGUCUUGUAUGUUUAGUCAAGAUUCAUUUCAGUAGAAGAUAAUCUUAUCUGAUUUUUGAGACCAGAAUAAGCCUUUUAAGGUAAACCUCAAAAUUCUCAUUUUAUGGUAAUACUGGCCAUUUUAUUCCCCUAGGUUUGACAUAGGAGAUAGUGACUACACUGGUGUCUGACUUAAUUCCUAGAGAUUUCUCCCUGAAAAAUACAAGGGCUGUUGGUGAGAGCAGACUUGAGGUGAUGAUAGUUGGCCUCUGGUCUACAAAGAUUUCAUAACCCCUUGGAAAGCUUCUUAUAAUCAUUCUUAACUUCUUGGUAGCUAGAAAUUUAGAGUAGUUGAAAUCUUUAGGAAUGAACUUCUGAGGGCCAAAAAAUGUGACUGACUUGGGAACAAUUCUUAAACUGAUUAACUAGCUGUAAUAUAGUUUUGUGAAUUUAUUGCACUGAUGUUGUACCUUGUGGUAUAUCUGUCCCUAUUUAAUAAGUGGUGUUUUCUCCUCUUUAAUAUGCUGUAAACAGUGGUGCCCAUUGUAGCAUAUGUUUGAUUUUUUUUUAAUAUUUCAUAAGAAAACUACCUUAAUUUUACCUUAACUUUCAUUGUAAAUAAGCCUGUCUUCCUAUCUGGAUUUUUUUUUGUGUAUACAUAUUCUACUGAUUAACUACUUUUGCAGUUUUAAUCCUGUAUUAUUUCUUCUACUUUGUUUUGUGUAAAAGGGGAAAAAAUAAAAAAAGCUGGAAUCUU